CAGAUUAUAACUACUAGGGGGAUCCACACAGACCAUGGCCACAGCUGCCUCGAAUCCCUACAGCCUGCUCAGUUCCAGCGCCCUAGUCCAUGCGGAUUCUGUGACUAUGCAACAAGGGAGUCCUUUCCGGAAUCCUCAGAAACUUCUCCAAAGUGACUAUUUGCAGGGAGUUCCUAGCAAUGGACAUCCCCUGGGACAUCACUGGGUGACCAAUCUGAACGAAGGAGGGCCGUGGUCCUCCACCCUGGCUACGAGCCCUAUGGACCAGCAGGACGUGAAACCCGGGCGCGAAGACCUGCAGCUGGGCUCGAUGGUGCAUCAUCGCUCCCCGCACGUCGCUCACCACUCUCCGCACCCUAACCACCCAAACGCCUGGGGGACGAGCCCCGUUCCCAACACGUCCAUCACGUCUAGCAGCCAACCCCUCAACGUGUACUCGCAGCCAGGCUUCACGGUGAGCGGCAUGCUGGAACACGGGGGUCUUACCCCACCGCCGGCCUCAGCUCCCACACCGAGCCUGCAGCCCGUGCUCCGGGAGCCCCCAGACCACGGUGAUUUGAACUUGCACCACUGCCAGGACCACUCCGACGAGGAAACACCGACCUCCGACGAGUUGGAACAGUUCGCCAAACAGUUUAAACAAAGAAGAAUCAAGUUGGGCUUCACUCAGGCGGACGUGGGGCUGGCCCUGGGCACGCUGUAUGGCAAUGUGUUCUCCCAGACCACCAUCUGCAGGUUCGAAGCCUUGCAACUGAGUUUCAAGAACAUGUGUAAGCUGAAACCCCUGCUGAACAAGUGGCUGGAGGAGGCCGAUUCAUCCACAGGAAGCCCGACCAGCAUUGACAAGAUCGCAGCACAGGGCCGCAAGCGCAAGAAGCGAACCUCAAUUGAGGUGAGUGUCAAGGGCGUACUGGAGACUCAUUUCCUCAAGUGUCCCAAACCUGCCGCGCAGGAAAUUUCCUCGCUGGCAGACAGUCUACAAUUGGAGAAAGAAGUGGUGCGUGUCUGGUUCUGUAAUCGAAGACAGAAAGAGAAAAGAAUGACUCCACCCGGGGAUCAGCAGCCACAAGAGGUUUAUUCGCACACCUUAAAAACAGACACGUCCUGCCAAGAUCUCUGACUGCACCUGGGAGAGGAAGUGGCUGCCUCUCCGCUUUAGACGCAGCGCAGAUUUCCCUUUCUCGAUCUUUUUCUUUCCCUCCAGCUUUUUGUUUGUUUGUUUUGCGCGCUCUCUCCCUCCCUCUCUGGCUCCCUCCGCCCUCUCCCACCUCCCCCUUCUCUCCUCCUCUUCUUCCCUCCCUGGCCCAUUUCAUUUUUCUUCCAAAUUUAACGUUUUAAAAAACGGAAUUCUAACUUACCUAAAAAACUAAGCACUCACACGGGCUUUCAGUUGCAUCCAACAGUCCAGACCUCCUGCGCAGGCAACAGUUUUCUCCAAACUCUUCGCUGCCCUGAUAUGAUACAAAUUGUUUACUUAGAGGUUCCUUUGGUUGCUCCAGCUAGAAAGUAAAGUGAGUGGAGUAACUUGGGGAUGGGGGUGGGAUAAAGGAGAGAGAAUGACAGAUGUGUGCCUCAGAAUAACCUUUCAGCGCCUUGGUAAUAGCAGCAGUAUUUCAGGUGAAAUCUGUUUUACAGUAGACUAGUUUUGCAUUUCUAAGAACUGUACUUCUCUAGCAUUUCUGUAUAUCUGAGUGUUUUUCUACAAGUUGUACACAAUAUUUGUGAGAUAAAUUGUUUCUAAUAUACCACUUUGCUUUUUUCGUUCCUAUAAUGAUUAUUAUUCCUGGUGUUUUUUAUUUGACUGUAAAUGGAAGGGAUAAUGAGAGGAGGAAUUCAAAAGAUGCCUGUGCAUCCACUGAGCAUCCCAAAUCUGUAUGGAUGAGAAAGAAUAUAACAAGUAGUUGUGGAUCAUAUAGGAGUUUUGUUUUGAUUUCCCAGGGGCAGAGUGCCUAGGAUAGGCAGAAUAAUCAAGUUUAUUGAGUUUGCAAACAAGCUCAAAGUAAGAGAGGUAAUUUGAUGCUUUCUGCCCUCAAUUUGGAACUAGGGAGUCCUGCUGGUUUAUACAGCACAGAUUAAAGUGUUCAAGAAUGAAUCAGUUGCGGUGCCAGGUGGGGGAAAAGGGCAUUUUUGAGACACCCAGAAGGUUCAGAAAUGCCUGCCCAAGGAGUUCUCACUGACCCCAUAUCACCAGCGCUACCUCGUAUCUGACCUCCUAGGCAUAAUGAUUUUCUCUAGAGACCACAACUUAGAGACAAUAGUGACAGGGAAUACUAAACAGUUUUAUUUACUACCACUUCAUUGCUGCUUCGAGAGUAACAAAACAUUCGGAAGAUGGUAAGGGGUGUUGGACAGGCACUCUCUACCUGGUGCAAAAUGACAAUGAAAUGAUGGGAAAAGCUUAUAGAUUUUAUGAUGGAUCCUAUCUAGUAUCUAUUCUGCUGUGCUGUUUCUAUGUGGGCUCAAGGCAAAUAGUAUCAGCUCUUCCAACAAGCAGACCUGGUAGAAACCCAGGAGGACAACAGUGGUAGCUAGAAAACUCCUUGGUGGCUGGGUUACUUCUUUUCUCUUCUGGCUCCUUUCCUCAGCUUCUCAUCCCCUCUCCCUAUCCUUCGUUCCUUUUCCCUUUACAUUUUCUAUUCCUUUCUUUCCUAUGUUUAUUCCUUUCCCUUCCAUUCUUCUUUUCUUUGAUCUCUGUGUAUGUCCACGUGCUUGGACAGGGAAACAUGAUUAGAUAGGUGUGUUCAUUGUAUUACUAUUUACAUAAGGCAACUACUGCAAUAUCUUGCUAGACUGUGUAGAGAUUCUCAAAAUGUGCAGUUGCUGUGGCUUUAUUGCUAGCUCUCAUGUUCACAUAGCAGUUCCACAAGUUCAUCUCAUUCCCAAUGAAUACACAUGUGCCUGGUCAGCCAAGCAGCUAACAAUAAUAGCCAAUGCUCGCAGAAUCUGACUGUGGGCUCCAUAUGUACCAGUUAGCAUCAUGGUCAAGCUAGGAGGCAACGGUACCAAGACAAAGAUUCAAAACUAUCUAAGGACCAGAAAGCCUGGGCUCCUUGUUGAGCAAAUGGUAUGGGCUGCCAAACCUCUGGUUUACAACUCUGUCUCCUCCAGCUGCAGGUGGAAGUGCACAUAUUAAUUCAAAUCUUAGUCUUUCUGAUUGUUUCUUUCCUGUUGUUAAAUAUUUGACCCUGAAUUCUAUUGGUGGUUGGAUUUUAGUUCCUGAGGAUUCUUUUAUUGUUGUCUGUUUUGUUCACAUUGAGUUUAUAUUUACAACUGUUAGGGUUUUUGUUUGGUUCAAUUUUAUUUUCUUUGCCGUUAAGUGCUAUGGAACAAACCUGAGUUAAUCCAAAUAUUUUUACCGACUUUAGAAUUGUACAGUUUUGUAUAUUAAACUUUUUUGAAGUUAUUAAUUUAAAAAAGAUCAUUUAGUUUAUUCAUUUAGUAACUGAUUUAUAAUAGACACUAUAUUCAUUAAGAGUUGCUUUUCAACUAUUUUAUUCAAUUUGCUUAUAUUGCAGUUGCCAACAUUUAUUUAUUUUCAAUAAAUUCUGCAUUGGUUUUAAAAGGAAACUUUCAAAGUUGAGUUAGGUAUCAAAGAAAACCAAUUUAUUGUAAUGUUUGAUGUGAACAAUUUUAGUCAAGGGUUUAUAUUGAUGUAAUAUUUUAUUGUUGUAAUGGACUUUAAAGGUUUAAAUAAAACAUUUUU